AUGCUGGUAGAGAUUCUCCAGUCAUCAUGCACCAUCGUCAUCUACCAGUACCAGGUCCCCACCAUCGUUAUCUACCAGUACCAGGUCCCCACCAUCGUUAUCUACCAGUACCAGGUCCCUACCAUCGUCAUCUACCAGUACCAGGUCACGCACCAUCGUCAUCUACCAGUGGAAGGUCCCCACCAUCGUCAUCUACCAGUACCAGGUCCCCACCAUCGUCAUCUACCAGUACCAGGUCCCUACCAUCGUCAUCUACCAGUACCAGGUCCCCACCAUCGUUAUCUACCAGUACCAGGUCCCCACCAUCGUCAUCUACCAGUCCCAGGUCCCCACCAUCGUCAUCUACCAGUACCAGGUCCCUACCAUCGUCAUCUACCAGUGCCAGGUCCCCACCAUCGUCAUCUACCAGUGCCAGGUCCCCACCAUCGUCAUCUACCAGUGCCAGGUCCCCACCAUCGUCAUCUACCAGUACCAGGUCACGCACCAUCGUCAUCUACCAGUACCAGGUCCCCACCAUCGUUAUCUACCAGUCCCAGGUCCCCACCAUCGUCAUCUACCAGUACCAGGUCACGCACCAUCGUCAUCUACCAGUACCAGGUCCCCACCAUCGUCAUCUACCAGUACCAGGUCCCCACCAUCGUCAUCUACCAGUCCCAGGUCCCCACCAUCGUCAUCUACCAGUACCAGGUCCCUACCAUCGUCAUCUACCAGUCCCAGGUCCCCACCAUCGUCAUCUACCAGUCACAGGUCCCCACCAUCGUCAUCUACCAGUCACAGGUCCCCACCAUCGUCAUCUACCAGUACCAGGUCACGCACCAUCGUCAUCUACCAGUACCAGGUCCCCCAGGUCCCUACCAUCGUCAUCUACCAGUCCACCAUCGUCGUCCCCACCAUAUCUACCAGUACCAGGUCCCUACCAUUGUCAUCUACCAGUGCCAGGUCCCUACCAUCGUCAUCUACCAGUACCAGGUCCCCACCAUCGUCAUCUACCAGUGCCAGGUCCCCACCAUCGUCAUCUACCAGUGCCAGGUCCCCACCAUCGUCAUCUACCAGUGCCAGGUCCCCACCAUCGUCAUCUACCAGUGCCAGGUCCCUACCAUCGUCAUCUACCAGUCCCAGGUCCCUACCAUCGUCAUCUACCAGUGCCAGGUCCCUACCAUCGUCAUCUACCAGUGCCAGGUCCCUACCAUCGUCAUCUACCAGUCCCAGGUCCCCACCAUCGUCAUCUACCAGUGCCAGGUCCCUACCAUCGUCAUCUACCAGUGCCAGGUCCUGGCCCUCACCAGGGUAAUUACGACCAAUACUAUACAUCUCAUUACGACCAGAGUGCCACGCCCAUCACCAGUGCCAUUCAGCAGCGGGGCCACGCCUUCUCACUACCCAACUGUGCCACGCCCAUCAUUCAACUAG